AUGGGGAGGGCAUCCCAAGUCUGCUUCUUUGGGUCGAAAACUUCUCCCCACUUGCUGGAGUUACGAAACAUUACACUCGAUGUGGCUCUCCCGCCAAUCCUACCACCCGGGAAACAUUACACGGGAAUGUGGAGGCCUUUCCUUCCUCUGAACACCAAUGUGUGGUGGCCUUAUGCUUUACUUGUUCUCUCCUCUGUUUGCUUCCAGGAAGCUCUUCGCUUUCUUUUCUGGACGCUUUACAUGAGGCUUGAUGAUGUCUUGGAUUCCUUUGCGGAUCGGAUCUCAAGGCCCCGCUUGUUUCUCACUGAUAAACUUCAGAUUGCUCUUGCUGGUGGUUUAAGUCAUGGUGUGGCUCAUGCCGUCUUCUUUUGUUUGAGCCUCUUAACUCCCGCAUUUGGUCCAGCCACAUUCUAUGUCGACAUAUGUUCGAAGGUCCCAUUCUUUCUCGUCUCUGCAACCAUUGCUCUUGCAUUUGUCACGAUCCACACAUUCUCGAUGGUCAUUGCUUUCGAAGGGUAUGCAAAAGGGAACAAAGUAGAUCAAGUUAUAGUUCCAGUCAUACACCUUUCUGCUGGAAUGUUGACAUUGGUGAAUUUUGCAUCGGAAGGCUGUGUGAUCGGUGUUCCUCUUCUUUACCUUGUGGCAUCAUUGACUCUUCUGCAUUGUGGAAAGAUGGUUUGGAAAAGGCUGAUCAAAAGCCGGAACCAAAGUGGCCCGACCUUACGGUGAUCUGGCCACAGGCUCAGUCUUUUAGGCUUUAAUCCUCUCUAAUUGCGUCAAAACUUAAACGUUAUGUCAUUUUAUUCCUUUCUUAACGCAACCACGAUCCUGUAUUGUCGAAAACUUGGACAAAGUUUUAUGUAAUGAGAAAAAGAAUUCUUGCAGAAAAAUCAGUUUAUAACUUAAACAGUGAGAUAUAUAUGGUGUGUUAA